AACGCGGCCGAGAGUGCAGUCAGCUGUCGCCUGUCACUACCUUUAUAUACCAUUCUGCCUGUCACAGUCCUACUACCGUAUAAAGUGGCCUUUAUUAUUGUCUACCUAUUGUUUUUGUUUUUACAUUGUAACUUAUUUGAAUUGAAAUGUUUUACUAUUUUUUGUUAUAAUAAUAACGAUACUAAUUACGUCAAACUUUGUGUGCAUCGAUAAUGGAGUCCUCUAACAUUAAUGCAUUUGCCUUAUCUUUCGAAAAGAAUCGUUUGAGUUACUGUGGACAAGAUUGUCAGAAGAUACCACCAUCACUAUGGAAUAUGUAUGGUGCUAAAGUCAAUUAUCUCGAUCUAAGCUACAACAAUAUUGAAACAUUGAAAGGCCUGGAGAAUUUUAAGGGAUUGGAAGAGUUAAUAUUGGAUAACAAUAAAUUAGGUGAUAAUGUCAGUUUUCCACGUUUACCGAAAUUAAAGACAUUGUCAAUUAAUAAGAAUCAGAUAACAGAUUUAGAAAAAUUUAUAAACGAAGUAAGUAAAAAUUUUCCAUCGCUGACGUACUUGAGUCUGUUGAGCAAUAAAGCGUGUCCAAAUAAGCUUUCGGAUAAUGAUAAAGACGACAACGACUACCAAAGAUAUAGGUAUUUCGUAUUAUACAAGCUACAAAAUCUACGAUUUUUGGAUUCAAAACGUGUGAGUGUAGCUGAACGAAGGGAAGCGGCGACUCGCGGCGAGUUCAUGCGCGUGCGCAGACCACCCAGCGACAGUGGCGCCGCUGUCGCGCCGCCCGCCAACACUAUGAGACCUCUACCUAUAGAUCUUAACUCACUAGGAAAGCAUAAAGGUGCGUACGGAAAAUGUCUGUAUAAAUAUACCGGCAAGCAUUCAGAAGGCAACCGGUUCAUACUCAACAGUGAUUUAUAAUAUUGAAGAAAUCUCAACUUAAUACAGUGACAGCAUAAACUUUGCGAGGCCCUAGUCUCUUAUAAAAUGUGUAAAAAAAUGAGACCGUCGGCGAAGGUAUAAUAUAAUAUAUAUAUAAUAACGUAUCUGUUUCAUAUGUUCUCGGCAAAAGUCGAAGGAGACAUAGUGGAUAUAAUACCAACCAUCACCAAUAUACAGUGCCAUGUAAAGUAUAAUAUUAUAUGUUUUAAAUAAUAUUAAUAAAAUAAAAUGUGUAACUAUUAUAUAAGUUCACGUGAACAAUUUGCUCAUUAAAUAUAACCAUAAAAUAUCA